UGACGCUACGUUAUCAGAAGCGUACUGCGUAGUUUGGUCUCGUAGUCUUUGUCUUCAUGCAGUCAAGUAUUAAAAUUAUAAAAUAGUAUUUUUAAUUGUUGUACUAAUAUAUUUUAAAUUUGGUAUUUUUUUAUUUAAACAUCACUUUUGAUUUAUUUUCAACGAAAAUUACAAUGGAUAACGACGAUCAGUGGUUUUCGGAAAGAUUCAAAGAGUAUGUGGAAGACACCGAUGAUUUAUUGGACCCAACCAUUGAAGAGAUUGUAAUGGAAAUGUUGGGCAAGGGAAUGGUCCCGGAUUUUGUUAAUCUAGACACCAUGGUAAACGAAUCACGUCCACUGACAUUUGCAAUUGCUUCAUUAGAAACUUACUUUCAAAAGUUUUCAUGGGAUGAAUCAACGAAGAAGGAAAUCGUACAAUUCAUUUCAGUUGUAGAAAAGCAUUGCAAUCAGCAGGAUUUACGCCGCCAUUUAUCAAUAGAUAUGUUGAACUAUACUUAUGAAAUUGUACAUGGAUAUAUGAGAAAGCUCAAUGAAUUUGAUGUUGAUCAACGAGAUCAAAUCACUAAGGCGGUUGAUUCACUCCAUGGACAUAUAAUGGAAUUACGACGUGGUGGCUAAAUGGAAUUUGUAAUUUGCAUUACGUUAGUAUCCAACACUGGUAACACUGAUACAGACCUAGUAGAAUUAAUUAUUAUUUCACAAGUCAUCGAAAAUUAAAUUUGUAUGAACCUAUUAACUAAAAAAUGAUUAAUAAUUUUUUAUAUAGUAUACUUAGCAGGCACACAUUUAAUAACUAAAUAUCUUUAACAGUUAACAGUUAAAAUAAAGUUUGACAAAGUAGAGAAGUGCUCCAACAAAUUUAGAUGUAUUUCGUUUAUGCUUGUUAUAGUGAUUUUCCCAAUUUUGUAAUGAUGAUAACAGAAUAAUAGAAUGAAUUAUUACUCAUUUUAUUAGAUUACUAUUUACUACUUGUCUUAAUGUUUAAUUUUUUUAAUUGAUACUUAUUUUAUAUUACUAAACUAAUUUUUAAUUGCUGUAAUCAAAUACAAACUUCUUCUUAUCGUGUCUAGUGCUGGAACUAUAUGGCAUAGUAUGCUAUUACAUUAAUAAAUACAAUAAAACAAUAUAAA